CGGCAGUUUCAUUCGACAAUCAUUCCUAGGCUCGACGACCCGUACAAGACUCUUGGGGUUGACAAGAGUGCCAAUGCGUCUCAGAUCAAGAAGGCGUACUACAAGCUAGCAAAAAAGCUGCAUCCGGAUGUGAACCAAGAGAAGGGUGCGGACGAGAAGUUCCACUCACUGCAAGAGGCGUAUGACAUUCUUUCGGACCCAAAGAAGAAGGAGCAGUAUGAUCAGUUUGGGCCAGCGGCGUUCAGCCAGGGAGCAGGAGGUGCUGGUGCCGGAGGAUACGGUGGCGGACAUCCGUACGGAGGAGGCAAUCCAUUUGCAGGGUUCGGCGGAUUCGGCGGGUUCGGAGGCCGUGCACAGGGCGGCGGCAACCCGUUUGAGGGCAUAAACUUCGAGGACUUGUUUGGUGGGUUUAGUGGAGGCGGUGCCGGAGGUAGAAGAGGUGGCGGAUUCCAGCACUACCAGGGUGAAGACAUUGAGAUCCUAAAGACAAUUCCGUUCAAGGAGUCUGUCUUCGGGACGAGGGUGAAGGUCAACUACAGUGCCGUUGUCCAGUGUGACACGUGCCACGGCAGCGGGUUGAAGAGUGGCAAGAAGAAGUCCACCUGUAAGGUGUGUAACGGAACGGGGGCCCAGAUGCACGUGUUGCAGGGCGGGUUCCACAUGUCGUCGACGUGCAAGGCGUGCAACGGGACCGGUGUGCAGAUCAACCACGAGGACGAGUGCGGGAGCUGCCACGGCGAGGGCGUGAAGACGCAGAUCAAGCAGACCGAGGUGAGGCUUCCCUCGGGAAUCAAGGACGGCUCGAGGAUCCGGGUCGCCAACGCCGGCGACGCCCCACACAUGACCACGUCCAGCGGGUACAAGCUGUCGAACGGCGACUUGAUCAUCCGCAUAAGGGUGCAGCCGGACCCAGACUUCAAGCGGGACGGCAAGGACUUGGUCUACAAGACGGAGAUCCCUAUGACCACUGCUGCGUUGGGCGGAACCAUCGAGGUGCCCACCCUUGACGGCGCCAAGAUCAAGCUGCGCAUCCCCUCCGGCUCCCAGUCCGGCCGCACCAUCGACAUCCCGGGCAAGGGUGUCCCCGUCAGCGACAUGAGCACCAACCGCGGCUCCCUCAAGGUCAUCCUCAACGUCAAGACGAUGCGCCCUACCAACGCCACCCAGAUCGCCUUGCUCGAGGCCGUCGCCGACGCCUUUGGCGACAAGACCGCCAAGCGACUC